AUGGCACUGGUGAUUGAGGCAGCCAAAUUUCUACGCAUGAGGGUCUAUCACUGUGGCGUGUCCAAGUCAUGCGCAUCGGACAACCUUAGACAAACCAUUGAGACAGCGCACACGGAUCUUGGUCUCUACCGUGCGCGCAGCCAGACCACAGUGCCUUGCAUGGGCAGUCAUGAGACACAGGAACAGGAGUUCCUCCGCCCUCACCACGGCGCCCUUUGGCUCGUCGUCGUCGUUGCCGCCAAUGGUCGCACCGCAGCAGGCCGUUUAACUCAUGCUGACGGCCUCUCCUGGCUGGAGGGUACCCAAUAA